AUGCUCGUCCUGGAGAACGCGUCCAUUGUCUUCGCGUUCGCAGUCUGCGCAUCAUCCGCGCAGAAAUUGAAUGAUGCUCCUCAGUUCCUCCGUCGGAUGACGAAUUUCGAGGUCAUCACAGCCGGUAACGAUCUCAACUUGAAUUGUACGGCGUCGAACGCAAAAUCGUACACCUGGAAGAAAAUCGAUAGGACGACGGGGCGCUCGACGAGUUUCCCAAGUAUGCGCGGCCCUUUGUUCAGACUAUCGAAUUUGUCUCAAGGGAUGCAGGGCGACUACGAGUGCAAGGCCUAUAACAAUCAUGGUUCUGUUUCUCAUGUCUUCCAAGUCAACGUCACAGACCUUCUAAUCACCGGGCCGAUAAUCCUCGAAAACUACCUCAGAAAUCAGACGAUCCAUCGCGGAGAGAACUUGAACUUGACAUGUGAAGCGAUAUCCGGCGAUACACCGUCCUUCAUGUGGGUCCGAAACUUCGAAGAUCACCAGGCGCAAUUAUCGAGCGGUCCUCAUCUACUAGUGACAAACGUCAGCCUCGAAGAUGAGGGCCUCUACACCUGCGUCGUUGGGAACUCUGUGGGAGUUUCGCGUCAUACACUGUACGUCGAAGUGCUAGCGGACAACCGAUCAGAACUCACGGUCAAAGGAAGUACUUCCCCAAUCCUGGUGUAUGGUGUGCUAUUCUCGGUGGUGUCGCUGAGCAUUCUCGUCGUCCUGGUCAGCAGGCGAUCGAAUGAUUUCCGCAAGAAGCAGGAGGUCGAGAUGCAGCUCCUUCAGCAGCAGGUCUGUGUCCUGAAGAAGAAGAUCACCUUGAAGUACGACUGCGAGCGCCCCGACGCCAAGCGUUCGAGUUCGUUUGAAUAUUCUCCAUGCUUCCCCCAAGUGACGAUAACUCCCCAACCGACGUACGUUCCGGCUUCGGAAUCUUCACUCAAAUCUUCAAUGUCUUUGUACGAACUUCCGCUCGACCCAUUGUGGGAGUUCCCCCGAGACCGACUGCUGUUCAAGGAGCCGUUGGGUGAAGGAGCUUUCGGCCGGGUGGUCAAGGCCGAAGCCUUCGGAAUCGGAGCUCCAGAUACGAAUUCCAGCUCGGUGGUGGCGGUCAAGAUGCUGAAGGAGUCGCACUCUGAUCUGGACAUGAUCGAUCUUGUCUCCGAAAUGGAGGUCAUGAAAAUCAUCGGGAAACACAUCAACAUCAUCAACCUUCUCGGAUGUUGCACCCAAGAUGGUCCCUUGUACGUUAUCGUGGAAUACGCCUCAGAUGGGAAUCUUCGAGACCACCUUCGGAGACAACGUCUGACGCCGGACUAUCUGGAACCGAUCGACGGUCAGAGAUUCGUCGGCAACCGGCUCCUGUCGCUCGGGGAUCUGAUGUCGUACGCGUUUCAGGUGGCGAGGGGCAUGGAGUAUCUUGCGUCGAGGAAAUGCAUCCAUCGAGACCUCGCCGCCCGGAACGUCCUCGUAGUAGACAACCGAAUCUGCAAGAUCGCUGAUUUUGGACUAGCCAGAGAUCUUCACGAUUACGGCUAUUAUCGUAAGACUACUAAUGGUCGUCUGCCGGUCAAGUGGAUGGCUCCUGAAGCACUUUUCGAUCAGGUCUACACUUCGAUGAGUGAUGUGUGGUCGUUCGGUAUUCUGCUUUGGGAAAUCAUGACUCUGGGUGGGACGCCCUAUCCUUCACUCGCGCACAUCGAGAAACUCUUCGACUUUCUUAAAGCUGGACAUCGGAUGGAAAGACCGGAUCACUGUGCAGACGAAUUGUAUGAGGUGAUGCUGGAUUGCUGGCACGACAAUCCAUGCAUGAGACCUUCGUUCCCUCUGCUGGUACAACGACUGGACGCUCUCUUGAGGGACAACUGCAGUGACAUAGACUACUUAGAACUCAGUUUAUCCAGAGACGCUCUACACACGGGGACCGUCCCGAACCGGGACCUCCGGACGGGAUUCGCCCCGGAUCGCGUAAACCCCGCAUCGUCAACAUUCGCAUUCGAGCAACGCGAAUACUUCAUGAAGAUACCUUGA